GUGGAAUUAAGUGGAAAAUGAAACAGUUCAGUUUUAUCAUAGUGAAGUUUUUGCUGAUUUUCCGAGGUAUAAUGUCAUUUGAGGCAGACGAAAAAGGACUCAGUUGCUACUGUGAAGGUCACUGCCCAACAACCACACAAAAUGGAACAUGUGAAGUUAAACAAGGUGGACAAUGCUUUUCAAUGGUAGAGGAAGUAUAUGAUGAAACAACAGGACAAAUGGAGGCGGAAUAUUCAUUUGGAUGCAUAUCAGCCGAUCAAGGCAGUUCUCUCCUACAGUGCAAUGCUGGAAAGUCAGCACAAAUCCACGGAACAAACAUACUUUGUUGUUCAGACGGUGAUUUUUGUAAUAAAGACAAAUUUCCAGAUUACACACCUCGAUCAACCACCGCCUCACCGAUCGAUAAUGUUCAACCUGCUGUAUCUUCAAAUAUACCCUACAUCGUGCUAUUCUCAUCGAUGCUAGUUUGUUUAGGAGUCUUCAUGCUUAUCAUUCUCUUUGUAUAUAUAUCAUUUAAGAGACGUGAAAAUAAAAGAAAACGACGAAAUCAAAGACUGAUGGAACCUAAUUGGAAUGGUCAAGCUGCAGCUCACUUAUCGCCGUUGGCUAAUUUAGUAGAACAAAGUUCAGGAAGUGGCAGUGGAUUGCCAUUAUUAGUACAACGAACGAUUGCCAAACAAAUUCAAAUGGUUGAAUCUAUUGGAAAGGGACGAUAUGGUGAGGUAUGGCUUGCGAAAUGGCGUGAUGAGAAAGUAGCUGCAAAGGUUUUCUUUACAACUGAAGAGGCAUCAUGGUUCAGAGAAACAGAAAUCUAUCAAACAGUGCUAAUGCGUCAUGACAAUAUUUUGGGCUUCAUCGCUGCUGAUAUUAAAGGAACAGGUUCAUGGACGCAAAUGUUAUUAAUAACCGAUUAUCAUGAGUUGGGAUCAUUACAUGAUUAUCUUCAGAAACGUGUCUUAAAUCCACAAAUGUUGAAAGUAUUAACAUUCUCAUUGUCAUCGGGCUUAGCACAUUUGCAUACAGAGAUUUUCGGCACACCCGGCAAGCCAGCUAUUGCUCAUCGUGAUUUGAAAUCGAAAAAUAUUCUCGUUAAAAAUAAUGGACAGUGUGCGAUCGCUGAUUUCGGACUUGCUGUCAAGUACACAUCGGAAUCGGAUGAGAUUCAAAUAGCACCAAAUUCACGAGUUGGAACGAGAAGAUAUAUGGCACCAGAGGCUCUGGACCAAACGAUGGAUACGAAAUCAUUUGAAGCAUUUAAAAUGGCUGAUAUGUAUUCAUUAGGCUUAGUCUUCUGGGAAAUGUGCAGACGAUGCAUAACAACAAUUCAGUCUACGAAAAAUACAACAUGUGAGGAUUAUGCACUUCCUUAUCACGAUGUAGUUCCUUCCGAUCCAAGCUUUCAAGAUAUGUACGAUGCUGUAUGUAUGAAAGGCAUUCGACCACCUGUGCCUCAAAGAUGGACACAGGAAGAUGUUCUUGGGAUGCUCUCAAAGAUCAUGCAAGAGUGCUGGCAUCCAAAUCCAGCUGUACGUUUAACAGCACUUCGUGUCAAAAAGUCACUCAAUAAACUAGAUGCAGACGUUAAAAUUAACUUAGUGUAAUAUUCUGAAUUUUUUUUUGUUAAUUAAUUCAUUUCCUUUGGUAUGGAUGCAUGUGCUGAAUUGUUGUAAAAUGACUGUUAAAUUUUGAAGAGAAAAUGUGUCAAAAAUCUUUGAUAGUGUUAGUGUAAUAAUUUAAAAAUUUAACGCUUUUUUUUACAAAUUCAAACACAUGCAGACAUACCAAAUUCCUCAUCCAAUUUACUUGUUUGUUGACAUUUCUGUAAUUUUAAUUAAAAAAAUUGACUUAGGGGCCGUUCACUUAUGACGUUCAGGGGGGGGGGGGGGUCAGCAAGAAAAGAACAAUAGAAAUUCCAGGAAAUCCAUUGUUUUUUUUUUUGAAAAAUGACCGUUAUGACGUCAUAAGUGAACGACCCCUUAAAAAGAAGUGAAAUUGCUAUUUCGUUUAUAACGAAUGAUUAAAGAUGAUUUUUUCAUAAUAUGAAUAGUUUCAUGUAGAUUUACUUUAAUGCCAUAAUCAUGGACUUAAUAAUUUUAAAUUAAAAAUAACAAAAUUAAAGAAAAGAUAGCACAAUUCUUCAAUCUGCUACGAAUUUAAUACACGCAUGAUGUAUACAUAAAUCAAUUGUAAAUAUGGAUGUGCAACAUUGAAGAAUGAUCGACAAAAGCUUUAUAAAUAUUUAGAUGAAAAAAAAGAGAGAAAAAAAUUAUUUUUUUUUCAAUCAAUUGAAUUUUCUUCUUUUCGGAUAUAAUCAUGUACAUAACGUCGAUAAAGUAACUGAUCUAUUUUACAUGUAUGAAACAAUAAAUAUUUAAUACUAAAGUGCCAAGAUUUUGUAAAAACAACAAAAAAAAACAUGUAGUACAUAAAACCUUUUCUAGAUUAAUAAACUAUUUACUGUAAGUAACU